AUGGCACCCACGACGCCCGUGAGCAGCAACAAUCCCACCGUCCCGCAAUUCACCUUCAUCCGCACCGACACCACCACCCAAGAAGUGAUCCGCCCGCCCGCCUUCGAUGGUGACGCCCCGGACCCUGCACCACCACCACCAACAGAAUCACUCUCCGCAGUUUCCCCGCCGCCCUCCCACCACCGCAAAUCCCUCAACCCUUUCCGUCGGUCGCGAGCGCCCUCACAAUCCUCAGGCGUGACAUCGCCGCCGCGAGCCCGGGGCGAAGGCCGGCUGUCGCAUUUGCUGCAUCUGGACCGCAGCGGUGGUGGUGGUGGUGGUGGUAGCGGUGGCGGCGGGUGGUCACGGAGUUCGAGCUCCUCGUCCGUGAACAUCCCACCCGAUCUUCCGCGGAUUAUUACCAGUGGUGGUGGUGGUGGUGGUGGUGGUGGGAAGGGGGGCGAUACCGCUGCGGCGCGGGAGGAUGUGGAGGCCGAGUGGGAGCGGCGGGCGACGGUGCUGGUGCAACGGAAUCCGCAGUUCGCGGCGUGUUUGUCGCCCACGGGGUCCACGGCGCCCACGGGGUUUGGGAUGGACGGGGCGGUGGCGUCGCGGUCGCGGAGUUCGAGUUGCAGUCGUCGGAUUAAUGAUCCGGCUGGGGAUGUUAAUAUUCAGGAGGCUAUUCGGCUCCAUGAGGCUGGAGAUCUGGAACGAUCCACCGAGAUGUUUGGUCGCUUGGCCGAUCCGGAAGGGGCCAACAAUGCGCUCAGCCAAGUGCUCUAUGGGCUUGCACUUCGGCAUGGCUGGGGAUGCGCGCCAGACCAGGACAAGGCGAUCACGUAUCUCUCGGCCGCGGCGGCCAAUUCGGCCUCGGUCGAGUCCGAGGCACUCCAGGCCGGGAUCAAGAAAGGGGGCGCGGCCAAGGGCGAGCUGACGCUGGCGAUCUUCGAGCUGGCCAACUGCUUCCGGAAUGGCUGGGGCGUCAAGAAGGACCCCGUCGCGGCACGACAGUACUACGAGACGGCCGCCAACCUCGGCGAUACGGACGCGAUGAACGAGGUUGCUUGGUGCUACUUGGAGGGGUUUGGAGGGAAGAAGGACAAAUUCGCGGCCGCCAAAUACUAUCGAUUGGCGGAGGAGAAAGGGAGCAAAAUCCUAGGCAAUUCUUGGAUCUGGAAGGACAAGUACAACCCGCAUUGA